AUGGACGACGAGCGACUACCCAAACGACUCUUCUACGGAGACGUCGCGACGGGUUCUCGCCGUCAAGGAGGCCCAAUUCGUCGAUACAAGGAUACCCUGAAGUCCUCCCUGAAAUGCCUGCAAAUCAACCCCACCAACUGGGAGGAGCUCGCACUCGAUCGACCGACCUGGAGGAGGACAUUGAAGACAGGCGCUACGAUCCACGAAGCCAACCGCAUCUCUGCCGCCAAAGCGAAACGUGAAGCCCGCAAAUCACAACUUCGCCCAGUAAGCAACGCCGCCGCACAACCGCUUUCAACGUGUCCUCGAUGUCAACGGACAUUCCGGGCUCGAAUCGGACUUGCUGGACAUCUUCGAACCAACUGCACCUCUCGAACUGCUCCAGCCAUCGUCCCCGGGCCCGCCUCUUCCUCGUCCUCUCUUCCGCCAACUAACUCUGACACUCCUUCUGCACCACCACUUCCCUCCUCCUCCUCCUCCUCCACUGCCCCAGCGGUGGCCGUUCAGGCUGCCGUCUCACACAUCGCCAACCACGACACAGCAACCGCAACCACCCCCACCUGCCCUCACUGCGACCGCACCUUCACCUCACACAACGGCCUGGUCGGUCACUUGCGAAUCCAUCGUACAGGGACUGGUGAACCAGUGCCUGGAGCACCAACCUACACCCAUCGCUCUCGCCUCCACUGCCCACAAUGCCCUCGCACCUUCCGGCAUCGCAUGGGCCUAUUCGGCCACAUGCGCAUCCACGAGAGCGGCCUUGACCGCACUCCCGACACACCCACUACAUCCAACACAUCCACCGUGCACACCCCCACUCUCGUUCCAUCCGUCCGCGACACCACCACCACCACCACCACCACCGCCUCCUCUGUAGCUGACACUGACACCGCCGACUUCUCAUGCCCACACUGUCCACGCACAUUCACCUCACGCAUCGGCCUGGUCGGUCACUUGCGAAUCCAUCGCACAGAGACUGGCGAACCAGUGCCUGGAGCACCCACCUAUACCCAUCAAGCUCGUCUCAACUGCCCACCCUGUCCUCGCACUUUCAGGCAUCGCAUGAGCCUAUUCGGUCACAUGCGCAUCCACGACGACCUGCGGUAGACAACCGCCGGCCACACCACACAUUCACUCACUCCCUACCUCCUCCACCACCACCAUCACCCCACCAGAAAUCAACACUCACACACCUCACGCACCCAACUGCCACCUCCCACGCAAGUGGGAAGUGUGCAUCUCGACUCGGCCCCAUGCGGCUUCGGCUGCACGGGCGACUUGAGUCCGAGACUAUCCCGACACGUCAAGCGUCGUGGAUAGGAAGGUUGCUGAUUGACGCCCGCUCUCGGUUCACGCAGUUCGUCGCGUUGUGUGUGUGUGUGUUGUGUGGAGUGGCGGACUGGUGGGCUGCGGACGAGCUGAAACAGCACCUUUCACGGCCCUCUCACGCAAGUGAGAGACACGCCGUUCAACCCCCGUUGUGUGAAAUCCUGGUGUUUGUGUGUGUAUGGGGGGCCAGGUCUGCUGUGGUGCGCGCAGACAUGGUCAGUCGACCAUGUCAGCCACCGCGCCCACUCCCCACUCCAGUCUGCUGACCGGCUCGGACAGCGGCUGGGGUGUGGGGAUGGGAAGGGAGAGUGAGGUCGACUACUCAGUGCACUUUCUCCUCACUAUAAACAAUCUGACGCGCUUGAAGCUAUCACGGUGCGCUAAAAGCCGUGGCUUGGAAGGUUGCCAACUGACGGGGUACCUUGGACCUCCUCCUUCACUGGAGGCGGUCUGAGAGUCAGGCUGCAAUGGCUCCUUUUUAAUGUGGCCUUUAUGGCAUUCCCACCACAGUGUGGGAUCCGAGCCAGGCGUUGGCGGCACGCCCAGGUGCGGCUUCGGCCGUGCCAGCCUCCAAAUCUCUGUUGUGUUGGUUGAAAUCCUGGUUAUUGCUGUGUGGACCAGGGGGUGUGGUGGAACGCCAAGGUGAGGAUCCGUCCGAGCCAUCCACCUGCGGCCUCCCUCGUCUCCGGUCUUCUUGACUCUGUCUUGACACCGGGUCCAGGCGGGGGAGGAGGAGAGAGUGUAGGUAGAUGCUACGCAAGUCUACCGGCACUAUAAACCCCUGCGUAAGUCACCGUCCCUGCUCCCAUUGCUGCUGCAACUGUGGGGCACACGGUGGACAUCAUCGAAACCGAUGGUCGAACUGUCAUAUUGUAAAGAAAUUAAACAGAAUUCCUGAAUAAAGUUUCAUAAACAUUGGCCAAUAGAUGAAGUUAGCAGAAGAACUUUUUGAAGUCGUGCAAUUCGGGGCACCGAUAAGUGAUACUAUAGUACCAUGACGACCGAUAUCAGCUUGACGACUGUGUCCUAAAUUCCCGAUUGUCCUUUUCCAGAGGCACGGAGAAAGCUGCUCGGAAAGGAUAGGAAAAAUUGAUGCUUAAUUAAGUCACUGUUAAGAUGAAGAAACAGUCUAAUCUUAAAAGCCUAUAGACUAGUUGACGACCUUAGUUCAACUGAAAGGGUAGUCUGAAGAACGGUUUACCUGAAAGCGAAAAAAAGAGAACGUUUAAGUGUGAAAGAGGCGCGAGGAGGUAUAAUCAAGUAAAAUCCAUUAUGGUUGUAUGGGCGAAUUCCAGGUGUAAGGACUGAACUCCGAGGAAGAUUUUAACUCCUAUAAUGCGAAAAAGGAGGCAAAGGCCAGCUCUUCGUCUCUGAGCCUAGUCAAACUCCGACCAACUUAUUCACGCCAAGCACGAACAUAACACGAGGCAGGCGCGAAACCAAACAAGUCAAGAGCAGGAAACUAUCCAACGAACGUCCGCGAUGAUAGAAGUGGGAGUGUUUGCGAAACGUAAGUGUAAGCACAACGUCCGUGAAAUCGCCCUUUCCCAUUCGCAGUCUUCGGGUGGAUAUACAUAUGUAUAAAGGCUCGAUGUCCAGGUGCAUAACCGUGCUUAAAUAGUCGAGAAAUAAAUACUGCAACCCUAGAUUUUCCUCAAAUACACUGAUAAAAGUUAAGAUUCGUAUAGUUUCAAUGGUUAAUUAUUUCAGAACUGGUUUAACAGUUGGUCAUCCGCCUAGAUGUAAUUGCCUUUAUACAUUAGGGCAGCUGUUUGGAUUGAAGUAAGCGUGCAACCACUGAAAACCUGUGUAAGUCAGUAGCUAAUUAUGAGUCUCUCUCUUCUCGAGUGAAGUGUGAAUGCCGUCAGCACUAAAUUCGGCGAAGGAAUUUAAUUUUUGCACAAGAAUGAGCAAUUCUACGGGUUUAGACGUAGCCAGGCGUUAAGCAGCUCGGCCGGAAGAGUCUCGAGGCUAUCAAUAUGCUGGGCGACUGUUUUCCUGAAGGCGACAGCAUCGUCCAGUUAAAUAAAACAGCAGCUGCUAUAUAAGUGCGCCAACACAGCCAGCACUAAACUCUGGAGCGCGGCUACAGCGUUACAAAGACUAGAGGACAUUGUUUGGAAUCCAUAUGGCUCUUGCAGUAGAAUUAAAGAUGUUCUCCAUCUGUCUUUUGGCUUAACUCCCACCUGUCAGUAUCAUGAUUUUUGAUCGGGCGUUGAAUUUCAGUUCGAGCCCUCUAGCGCACCAAGUGUAACAUCUAAGCACGGCGGUAGGAAUGAGUUCACGUUUGUAGCAGCGCUCAGACGACGAUAACUAAUACACAGGUGUAGUUUAUCAUCCCCUUAAGAGUGGAACGUCGAACCACUACUGUGUCGAGAUGUAUCUAAAUCAUCUCACUAACUUCCUGCUGGAAGCGUGGGGAAAUCUGCAAUGCGAUUGCCAGACAGGGCUGACAGAUCCAGUUUCGAUAACAUGUCCAAAUACCGUCGAAAAUCCCAAAAGAAUGGUCCCCAGGCGAAGGCAUCCUCAAAGGUUACCAAUAGCGACUUUAAAGAAACACGGUCGUGACCAGGGAUAGUGGAAUGAUAGUGGGAUGGGAUUUGGAAAAACCUCGCCUAUGCUAGUAAUUGGUGGCAGAACGGCCUCAGAGAUGGCCAAAACCCGCCCUCUGUAUAGGGUGCAGGUGGUGGUGGUGGUGGUGGUGGUGGUGGUGGUGGUGGUGGUGGUGGUGGUGGUGGUGGUGUUGGUGGUGGUGGUGAAGGGGUUUGGGUGUGUCCACUUGCGGUCCACGUGACGAUCGUGGUAGGUCGCACACUUGCCUUCAGGUUUAGGCAAUGUCUAGCGUCCAUUAACUGAAUGCUAACACUAACAUGUGGCUACCCGAAGCUUGCCUCUACCUAACAACCAGAUCCCGGUAACCGCUUCUACCGUCAGACCAAACCGGGUGAGAGGAUCCGUGUGUGCACCUCCGCACACGUCAACUUGGCUUCGCGCCCGCCAUCGCUGGCUGGAUAGAUCACUAUAUCGCCGUCUCUGAGAUGAGGCUCCGUCUGCAAACUCGCAGGAGGCCAAAACACUCGUCGAGCUGCUAAUCCAUUGGCUGGAAGGCCUACCCUUUUCUAUUCCUUUACACCCGUUCGCGACCAUUCUCUUCUGCCUCUCACUCUCUGUACUCUCUAUUCUACUCUCGUUCGCAACGGUUGAAGAUCCAAUGGAUCAUUGCAAUGCCACAUUUAAGACGAAGCUUCAUCUGCAACCCCGCGGGAGGCCACAAGAUAAGUGCCCUCCCAGGUAAGCCGGAUACUGCUUUGUCGUCUUUGCUUUUAGCUAGUUCUUGCUUGUUUGUCUUUAGCUGAUUGUUUGUGUUUGUCCCUGUUGUAAGCUAAAAACUGUUUCGUUUAAUCUUUCUACUUAGCGUUUAUAUGUCAGCAACCAAUUAGCUUUGAAAGAGACGGGAAAAUCUAUCUCCCGUCUACUCUUCCUCCAUCUAUCUUCCCCCAUUCAAAAGUCCUACGAUGAUAGCGACAGCGAUCACGCAGGCGGCUCAGACUAACUCGGGUUGUUCUCCCGCUUAACAAAGUCGUGGCUCAUAGUGCAGUCAGGCAGACGUCUGGGAUGUCUGAGCAUCACCAGCUAGGGACGGCACUGCCUGCUCAUGCGACGGGGAUGGGGCUAGAUAAGUGCCUGAACAAAUGGUAGGAUCACGUCCUCUGUGCGCUUACCGCGGCUCUUAGACUCAAAACACACAGUCGAACCAACCAAAGAUGAAACAAUACUCUCACUCGCUUCCCUUUUCUCCUGUCCAUCGCUUCAACCCGCAGGCUGCUACGGUGAUUCCGCUCACUCUGGCAGCCUGUAAUGUUUGUUCUCUUUUAUAAAAUCCGAGGAACAGUCGACAGGAACCGACAACGGCGCCAAUUGCUCGGCAAGUAGCACGCUUCAAGGUGGACAUCGCCGCACUCAGCGAGACCCUGUUCUUCAAACAAGGCCAGCUGGAGGAAAUGGAUCCGGGUUACACCUUCUUCUGGAACAGUCGACCCAAAGCAGUGUGAAGUAACGCGGUUGUCGCCUUCGCUAUCCGGAACGACAUCGUGCGACCUUUGCCCUGUCUGUCGCAGGGCGUAAACGACCGCUUAAUGAGCCUCCGUCUGCCUCUCCGAGGAGGCGAAUGCACGACUAUCGCUAGCGUCUACGCUCCGCCAAUGAUCAAAUCUGACGUGGAAAGGAACAAAUUAUACAAGGAUCUGCACGUCCCCCCCGGCGUCUGUAAAAAAGCCGAUUAGUUGAUUUUUCUUGGUGGCUUCAACGCCGGCAUCGACACAGACCAUGCCGCUUGGAGAGGAGUGUUAAGUCCGCAUUGUCUAGACGGCUUCAAUGACAAUGGCCUACUCCACCUAUGAACCUGCACAGAACAGAAUGCUUACUUCUGCCUCUCGAUGAGAGAAAAGGUCACCUGGAUGCACUAUCCAUCGCCACAAUGGCACAGGUUAGACUAUGCCCUCGUCUGAAGGCGAGACCAGCGGGAGUUGGUGCUGACAAAGACGAUCCCGACUGCCAACGGAUGAACCAACAAGUGUCUCGUCAUCUCCGAUAUGAGGAUUCGCACACAGCCCUUACAAUGGACCUUAAGGUAAUCUACUCCCAAGUAAGGUGAAUAUUGUUUUGUUGUCUGCCUGCUCACCGUCUCCUAUUCAACAAUGAGCCAAUCCUCCAGUCUCCGCCGCCGCCACUGACGAGAAAGCGUCAGAAGAUAACCGAUGGUGUCAACUCUGGAACAUGGUCCGUUCAGCCGCCCUGACUGCCCCCCAUCGCGCACGCCAUCAGCAUCAGGAUUGGUCCGACAACAAUAAAGCCACCGUAUGCGACCUACCCACUGUACAAAGCCAACAUUAACCGCCACAGCGAGGACGAAAAAGCAGCCCUCUAUUGUAGUCAUGUCCUUGUGAAACAGCGGCCGCUGGAGGACGGCUGUACGGCUUGCAAGGCCGAGGAGGUCCAAGGACACGCGGACCCCAACGAAUAGAAGGACUUCCUCGUUGCGAUCAAGGCUAUCUACGGUCCUAAAGGCAAAUGUACCGCUCCUUUUCUCUGCACCGACGGAAAUAACUGAGAAGAGCGCAAUCACCAGUGAUAAGCCGAUCACUUUAAAGACGUCACCAACCGCUCCUCCACCGUCUUCGCCACCGCCGUCGGCCGUCUGUCUCAAGUGCAGACCAACUCCGACUUCGACCUCCAGCCAUCAGUGCCGUUCAGCUGCUUCCCAGUUUGAAGCUGCCCCGAUUUGACGUGAUCUCUGAUGAAAUCUACACGCACAGUGGACCACAAACUUAUAGAACACCCAACGGCGACUUUCUCGAAGAUGUGGCGUCAAGGAGAAGUCUCCCAAGUUUUCAAGUACGACACAAUUUUCCACCUUUUCAAGCUCAGAGAGAACCGCCAACUCGGCGACAGCAACAGAGGAAUCUCCCGCUGAACAUCGCAGGGACGCUAAUCAGGGCAAUAAUGAUGAUUAUGUUCGUGGUGGUGGUUGUGGUGGCGGCGGCGGCGGCGGCGGUGGCGGCGGCAGUUGUGGUUCAUAA